AUGGACGAGGACUGUCUCAGUCGGAUUUGUUCGUCAAGUUUGACCCCUGCAUCACCUAAAGAGGUGAUGCAGUAUUCGUCAGAUGAUUUUAAAAAGUUGCAGUCACAUUGCUAUUCAUGUGGCUCUGAAACGGGAGCAUUCAAAAAGUAUAAAGCAACGCGAAAAAGUGGUGCUCCAGAGAUGCGCUUUAGAUGUGGCAAAUGUCGUAGAUUCACUGGUAAUAUUUACGUUAAACUACGUGACGAUACUUACAUGCUGUCCAGAUUGGGUGACUAA